AUGGUCUGGGAAUACUACAACGACAAGGUCAUCUUCAUGACCGGGGGAACUGGUUUCGUCGGGACUGCACUAAUAUACAGGAUUCUCUCCCAGAGUUCGCCAAAGCAUAUCUUUGUUUUGAGUCGAGGCGGUUUCUCGAACGCAAGAGCAAAAUGGUCUAAGAUGCUUCCACCCCAGAUUAUAAAGAUCUUUCUCGAUAGUAGUAGAAUGACGGUAAUGGAUGGCGAGCUGGGCGAUACCGCGACCAUGAGUCUUUCCGACGAAGAGCUCCAAAUGCUCAAGAGAACAGUUCAUAUUUUCAUCCACGCCGCUUCUUCCAUCAUGCUAAACCAUUCUCUUCGCGAACUAUCCUAUACUAUCGUUGCGCCCACCCUAUGUCUGACCCAGUACGCACUCAAGUUCCCAAACCUCGAACGAUUUGUCUUUCUCUCUUCCGCUUACGCAAAUUCUCAUCUUUGGACCAUAGACAGGAGCUCCGAUGUCUCGGUCGAAGAAGAGAUAUACAGCCUCAGUGCCGAAUACGAAGCCCACGAUUUCCCCUGGCCAUACGCAUACGCAAAACAUCUAGCAGAGCGACUCGUUAUGCAAAAGGCCGCACAGGAGCAUGCGCUGGAUAAGAUCUUGAUCGUCCGACCAUCGGCCGUUGGCCCAGCCGACGAGUUCCCUUACCCGGGAUUCACAACCCCCUUUUCAACGCCAUCGACCGCUUGUGCUGCGGCCGUUGCGCUCCAUCCGGGCCGCAAAAUCAACCUUGCAACCCGAUGCGAGAACCCCGACGAGGAAGUCACCAUUGACGAAGUGCCGGUGGACGUAGUUGCAGAUCGCGUCCUUGUACAUGUGGCCCAGGGCACGAGUGGAUGCGUUCACGCAGUGAGCGGCGAGAAAGGACGCUUGCGAUUUGGGGACUGGUGGCAUGCCUUCAAGAGCGAGCGACGUCUUCCGUGGCAAGUAAAGCCUGUGUGGGCAUCGGAUGACUGGCAUUCGUCGGACCUCCACCACAUGGCGAAGAAUUUCAAGAUAAUCGGCACUUCCUUCGCAUUCAAAGAGGGGAAGACCGAUCGUGUGGCGGAGCUACUGGGCCCGGAGCAAACAAAACGUCUGAGGUUGUAUGCGGAUCGAUCGCAGCCUUACUCGCAUUCUCUGGUCCACCGGAGGCACCACAUUCACCGUAUGGCUAAGCAGCUGGCGAAGAAGAACAAGUUACCAGCGUUCUCUGUCGGGCUGCUUUGUCGAAAGGGAAAGCCAUUGGUUCAGCUUGAGCACGCCGGUGCCUAA